UUAUCUUUUGCAGCCCUUCUUUGAGCAAAAAAAAAAAAAAAAAAAGUACCAAGUGUCUGCUUGCAUGGUGUCAUCAUUUUCUUCAUUAAACAUCUGGUUCUAUCGUUUUCUACCUACCACUUGCAACAGUGAUUGGUAGUCAGCCGCUAAAGACUGACGUUAUCUCUUGGCUCUAUUUCAGUUCUUAAAAAAAGAAAAAUCUCCUCUUUCAUCCUAGGUAAAUUUCAUUAAUUAGAAGCCAGCUCCGUCCUCAAAUGGAUUUCUUAACAAGUUAUAUAGUUGGACGAAAAGUACAACAACAAGAAGUUGGGAUCGGCUGUAUGAAUCUUCACUAACCAUGUUACUCCAUUUAAACUCAUCUAGUUGGAAGAAAAGUAUAACAGGGAGUUUACUGGAAUCGAAAUUCAUGCGAUUAAUUGUUUGAUUUUUCAAUUCUGAUAGCGACAUGGAACCUUUGAAUCAGAGGUCUUUUGAAAGAGUUGUUUCACAGAGGGCUAUGCAAAUAGGAAGCUCAUUUCCUUGCCAAAUUUGUGUGGUUGGCUUUCUCUCUGGUGUUUGUCUCACCUCUUUAUUUCUUGCUUCAUUUGGUGCCUUUCAGUUUGGUCCCCUUUCACUUUCAGCCUUUUCAUCUGGAAUUUCAACAUCCAAUUCCUCUUCAAUAAGUGGAGACUGCAAGAAUUUAGAAAGGCAGUUCUUUCCCCAAGAAAAGCUUGCAGUGGGGGUAGAUGAGAGGAUGUCAUUACUGUACUCAUCUUGGGGUAAUUUAGUGACUCAAUCAGCAAAUGAUGUGGGUAAAUCCAAUUUACCAAAAGCACCUCAUUUGGAGGACUGCAAGCUGAGUGCAGAAACAAAUAAACGACUUGAUACCCGAGUUCGAAAUGACAGCUUCCCUCCAUGGACUAUAUGGAAGGGACAACUAGAUAACUUCAUGUGGACAGCAGAAGAUGAGGAGUUGAAGUAUUAUAGACAUCAAACAGUAUCUGAAGGAGCUUAUCCUCCCUGGAUCAAGGGCUCAGAUGAAGAGAACUACCCGUUAACGAGGAAGGUGCAACGUGAUAUAUGGCUCCAUCAGCAUCCUAUGAACUGCAGUGAUAGAAAUGUGAAAUUUCUGAUAGCUGACUGGGAGAGAAUACCUGGGUUUGGUAUUGGUGCCCAGAUAGCUGGAAUGUGUGGUCUUCUUGCAAUAGCAAUCAAUGAAAAAAGGGUUCUUGUUACCAGCUAUUAUAACCGUGCUGACCACAAUGGUUGUAAAGGUUCAUCACGCUCCAGUUGGUCUUGCUACUUCUUUCCAGAAACAUCUUUGGAAUGCAGAGAUCGUGCUUUCGAGCUUAUGAAUCAAAAAGAAGCAUGGGAAAAAGGGAUCAUAACCAUAAAAGAAAACUAUACUUCUAAGCAGAUUUGGUCUGGACACACUCCAAGGUCAUGGGGAAAACCUUGGAGUUAUUUGCAGCCAACAACAGAUAUAAAUGGAAGUCUAAUUUCUCAUCAUCGCAAAAUGGAUAGGAGGUGGUGGCGAGCUCAGGCAGUUCGCUACCUAAUGCGGUUUCAGACUGAGUACACAUGCGACUUACUAAACCAUGCACGACAUGCAGCAUUUGGCUGGGAAGCAGCGAGAAUGGUUCUUGAAAGUCAACAUAGAGAUUUUUCCGAGGUGGCCAAACAUGACAUUGAAAAUUUUGUAUGGUCAAGUCAUAAACCUUGGAGUCCAAGGCCAAUGCUGAGCAUGCAUGUCCGAAUGGGUGACAAGGCAUGUGAGAUGAAGGUUGUAGGUUUCAAAGAAUACAUGCAUCUUGCUGAGCGCAUAAGAAAGCACUUCCCUCAUCUUAAGAGCAUCUGGCUUUCAACGGAAAUGCAGGAAGUCGUAGAUCAAUCAAGACUGUAUCCCCAUUGGAAUGUUUACUACACAGAUGUGACGCGCCAAAUGGGUAACAUGACAAUGGCAACUUAUGAAGCCAGUCUUGGCAGGGAGACGAGCACAAAUUAUCCUCUUGUUAAUUUUUUGUUGGCAACUGAAGCUGAUUUCUUCAUUGGAGCAUUGGGCUCCACAUGGUGUUUCCUCAUAGACGGUAUGAGGAAUACCGGAGGGAAAGUCAUGUCUGGAUACUUGAGUGUUAACAAGGAUCGAUUUUGGUAGCUACACAACGGAGCUUCUAACUCCAUCUAUGGGUUCAAUCUGUUUAUUCUGGAGAGCAUCUCGGAUAAACCUUGAAACAGCACCGCAUUUACCCUUAAACCAAAUGAAUUUGAUCGAAAAUGCUCCCUUUUUUUCAUAGUUGAUGUUCGUUUGUAGAUAUAUAGAUGAAGAGCCGAUGCAUAAGAAAAGUACUAGCUGGGUGCUUGGAUGCGACCAGAUUAGUUCUGAAUGUGAGCAGACAGGAAGCAGCAUCUUACAUGUAAAUUAUUUACUGUAAAAAAAAAAAAAAUUGGAAAUUGCAUCACUAUUGUCAGAAUUCUAUGUGACUAAUCACAUCUUCUUGGAUAAUUCUUCUACUUAAUAAUUUCUUAAA